CCGUGCGCGGACACCUGGUUGGCAGUGGGCCGGUCGACCUCGCGCGGCGUCCUGGGCUCCGGGGCGGGGGUCAGUCGGCGAAGCCCCCUCCCCGGGGCGGCGGCCAGGAAGUAUGCAUCAGAAGCUGCUGCGGAGCGCGCACUACAUCGAGCUGGGCGGCUACCAGUACUGGCCAGUGCUGGUGCCCCGCGGCAUCCGCCUCUACACCUACGAGCAGAUUCCUGUGUCGCUCAGGGACAACCCGUACAUCACCGACGGCUACCGGGCCUACCUGCCCUCCCGGCUGUGCAUCCGGAGUUUGUUCAUUUUAUCUAAUGAGACAGUAAACAUCUGGAGUCAUUUGCUGGGUUUCUUCCUCUUCUUCACUCUGGGAAUAUACGACAUGACAUCUGUGUUACCUUCGGCAAGUGCGUCCAGAGAAGAUUUUGUAAUUUGUUCUAUUUGUCUCUUCUGCUUCCAGGUCUGCAUGCUUUGCUCUGUGGGCUAUCAUCUUUUUUCCUGUCACCGGUCAGAAAAAACCUGUCGAAGAUGGAUGGCGUUAGAUUAUGCAGGGAUUUCUAUUGGAAUUCUGGGCUGCUACGUCUCAGGAGUGUUUUAUGCAUUUUACUGUAAUAAUUACUGGCGUCAAGUGUACCUGGUCACGGUGCUUGCCAUGGUCCUGGCUGUGUUCUUUGCGCAGAUCCAUCCCAGUUACCUCACACAGCAGUGGCAGAGGCUGCGCUCGGCCAUCUUCUGCUCUGUGUCGGGGUAUGGAGUCGUCCCCACUCUUCACUGGGUUUGGCUCAAUGGAGGAGUUAGUGCUCCUAUUGUACAGGACUUUGCGCCACGUGUGCUUGUGAUGUAUGUGAUUGCUCUUCUUGCUUUCCUGUUCUACGUUUCCAAAGUCCCAGAACGCUACUUCCCAGGACAACUAAACUACCUCGGGUCAAGCCACCAGAUAUGGCACGUCCUCGCCGUGGUCAUGCUGUACUGGUGGCACCAGUCAACCGUGUACGUCAUGCAGUACAGACACAGCAAGCCUUGCCCCGACUCUGCCUCGCACGUGUGAAUGCAGCUCUGAAAUCGUAUUUUAGAACCAGGAGUGAAGACUCAGGGCGUGUCUGUCAUGUCUUACGGCAUCCCACCUGGAGAGUGUCCGCUGUGGAGACUGUGACUGACGUGAGCCGUGUGCCGCUCUCCACUCGGCAGGUACCUGCUCGAUGUGUGUCCUUUGCUCCAUACUGAUGUCAAGGGCAGAAACUGGUCUUCUGGAUUCCUGCCAGCAGCUGAGCUGAGUAGGUCCCUGUCCACCAUUCCUGGUGAUUCCACCCCUGUCAAGGGUGUUAAGAAUCCAUUGAGAUGUUGCAGGGCAUUCUCAUGGCUGCAUCAUCACAAUGACUGUGUUUAUGCUGGCAGGUGGUAUUGGUGCUGUGGUGUGAGUACCAAGGUUCCCUGAAGUCCUGUGCCAUGCUUCACAGUAGGAUACUAAGAUAAUAACCCAGAACUGAAAUGACCUCUCAGAAGGCAUUUUUAGAAGGGAGCAGUAAUAGCAGUCGGGGUCUCCUGUGAAAAUGAACCUUCGUCCUUAGAGGGUGGAUAUGAACGGCCACCAAGUUUCCUGGCCUGCUCUAUAAGCCUGGGAUUGAAAUCCUCCCUGACACGCAUGUAACUUCAGUUGUGCCAACCAUCUGAACUGUCUUCUUUAAUAUGCAAUAAAUAACCACAUAUUACA